AUGGAAUAUUCUGUCUUUGUCGGCAACACCGUCGUCCUCGACAAGGCGAUAUGGCAUCUCUGGCUGAUGGGUCUCAAUGUCGACAAAGCCGCAUCCUACACCACCCAGCGCGCCAAUCUGCCCGACAUGUCGCCGGCCAUCGUUCGCAACUUUGUGAUAUCCCAGUAUCGAAACUAUGAGCUCCUCGAGACGUAUCUGCACCGGCCCAAGCAUCUCUUGGGCCAGCUCAUCUUCCAGCUCACGCCCGAGACAAAGCAUUUCUUGAUCGAGUCGUACUACUCAUUCGACCCGAAUGUGAUGCGAGGAAUCCUGGGCAAGAAGAUGACGGCCCGGUCGAGAAAGGAGCUCGAGGAGGUGUCGCUCAAGAGUCGGGUCCCACUUGGCGGAUGCAGGCGCAUGUUUGACAACCUCAAGCGCAUCACCAAGAAAGUGGAAGACUCGGACGGCAACAUCUACUCCAUCAUCCAAACCGAUUUUUUGCUCCCUGAGCAUCUCGCGAGACAAUACGGAAACAUCAUCUUCAUCAACAACUUUCGGCUCGACACCUCCAAGAAGCGCCUCUCGCAUCUGCGCUUCUCGGACUUUGAGUACUGCGCAUCGGUGUUUCUGCAAUACUUUACCUUGCCCUCCGCCUCGGCUCUCGAGGACCUGGACCCGGCGUUGGUGUCGGACUCGACCUACAUCAAGAAUCUGUUGUUCAACAACAAAGAGGUCAUGGAAGAAUACCGUCAGCUCGUCAAGACGAGACUCGAAGCAAUGGGCCUCGGCAACAUUCUCGAGCUCGGCAAGAACCCAAGCAACUCCUCGGCGGCGUUCAAGAGCAUCAUCAAAAACAUCCUCACCAUCGGCCAAAACCUAUCGCAGGGGCGCAACCUGCGCGAUCUCUUCACCAACCUGGUCGAGAAGGUGGUCGAUCCCUGUACUUUCACCAUGUGCUGGGACUCUGAGUACGUCGGCCUGGUCUUUGGCAUCGUCCUGGACUGCUUUCCGCUGCUCGAGACCGUGAACCCAACCUUUCGGAAAAAGUAUCUCGAGUCGUUCACUCGUCUGGUCACGGCCAUGAAGCUCUGUACUGCUCGGCUGGUGACCAUUGCGCUCCUGUCCCGAAGCAACACUGACGGCGGGACCGGGUCCAUCACCGGACAGCAAACCCACACGAUGUCAGAGCCCGAGUUGCCCUCCAGCCCUCCAGAAGCGGACUAG